AUGGACCUGCACCCCAAGCCUGCCUACCGGUUCCUCUUCAUUCUCUGCUGCCCGCCUAUCCCACCUCAGUCCUCCUCCACUCCAGGCUGUGAUAUCCUGCAGAGACAUCCCCGUGGGCACCUGCUCAUUUUUGUUGCUGGAUUUAUCACAAUCCUCCUCCUAGUAGGAGCUGUGAUAGCACUGGUGUUUUGGGCUUUGCAGACCAAAGAAGCACUGGAAGCUCUGAAGAAGACCUAUACCUUCCAAGAGCCCAACAAUGCAACACAACAGAAAAGGGCAACAGAGGAUUGUUCAACUUUGCGACAGUUUCUGUGCAGAACAGAUGACCAGCACUCAGCAGAGAAUUCCAGAUGCGGACUCUGCCCAGAAAACUGGCGGUUUCAUGAGGGCAAAUGCUACUGGAUUUCGAAAGAUAAACAAACCUGGAACACCAGUCAGCAAGACUGUGCAGCGAAAGACUCUCAGAUUGUGAUGAUUCAGCGCGAGGAAGAAUUGGUCUUCAUAAAGAGUAUUACUGAAGGAGCACAACUUCUGUGGAUUGGACUAACGGCUGCCCCCUCAUCAGGAGAAUGGAUCUGGGUAGAUGGGUCCCCAUUAAAUCACACACUGUUACAAGUAAUUGGUACGGCUCAAGCAAACAGUUGUGCAAUGCUGAAGGGGAACAGAAUUAUUUGGGAAGCCUGCAGUGCUGUAAUGAAGUGGAUCUGCGAAACCAAGGCUCUUCUGGUGUAGACUGUAAAAUAUAAAAAUACGCAUUAGCCUUAUAGAUGAAUCACAGAUCAAAAAUACAACUUUGGCAAUAAUUAUACCAAUUGCUUCUUAACAAAUAGGACUGAACCAAAAGGGGACGCUUUGCCGUUUUGCUCUCCUGAAAACUUCCCUCUGUCUCAGUGAUUUGGGGGGAUUGUUCCCCAUCAGAGUGAGGGAACUGUUCCAGUUGAAUAUCCAUGUAUACAACCACUUGAGGUGCUGUUGAUGGAUUGGAUUGCCCUCCCCUAAAGCAUCAAGUGCAUAAACUGGGGCUGCUCAUUGAUAUUGUUCUGUGAUUUGAAUCAAAUGAUGACUUCAAGGAGGUGCACUUUUAACCAGCUGCAGCCUUUUCUGGAUGGAAGCCACCUGGCAAUGGUUGUCCAUGCUCUGCUAAAUUCCAGGUUAGACAACUAUAGUGUGGGAAACUGCAUGGAAGACUGAAGACUGCAUGGAAACAGAAGCUAGUUCAAAGUACAGCUUCUAGACUGUUAGCUGGGACUGGUUGUUGGGGAACAGAUCUUGCCGGUACAGCUCCAUCAGCUUUCUGUCCAUUUUGAGCACAGUUCAAAAGUGCUGGAGCUUACUUUAAAGUCCCACACAGCUUUGGACCUGGAUAUCUGAAAGACAUUCAGGUCCAAUAUGAUGCUGCUGCUGCAUACUGAGAUUAUCUUUGGAGGCCCUCUUCUGAGGCCCACAUGGUUGGAGUGAAAGCAGACAGUGACCAUGGAGAGGGCCUUCUCGGUGAUGGCACCCCACCUGUACAAACCGUUUCCCCCACCAUGAGACUCACCUGGAACCCAUUCUACUGUUCUUGUUUUUGGUGUCAGACCAAAGUUUUCCCAGGCUUUAAAAACUUUUAAUUCCUGUGGUGUUUGCUGCUGCUCCCUGACAGUUUUGUCUUUGUUUUAACUUUUGCUUUUUAUUGUUCUUAUUUUGUGUGCCACCAUACACAUAUGAAGGGGAAGGUAUACAUGCAUCAAACAAAGAAAGAAAGAAACAAACAUUUUACAAUAUUUAUUGACAAGGGGAAAUUCCAUUCCAAGUAUUUUAAUUUAAUUAUUUCAAGAUACAGGUGGCCCUUGUUACCUGUGGUCCCAGCACCCGCGGUUUCACAUAUCCAUGAACAGGUAUUAGACACCUGGUUUCUUUAUCCAUGGUACA